AUGAGAUGGCACUCGAUAAAAGAGCAAGCGGCUCGACUUAUCGCUUUUAUAAUUCGAGAGCCUUGGCUAUUCGUGCAGUACGUCUUCCUAUUUGCCUUGGCAUUGGGCAUGUUUACUCUAGUGAUGCAAUAUAAAAUACAAAAAUCUAUCAAGAAGCAAGAGAAGAUUCGUAAACAAAAAGAGAAGAUUCUUCGCAAGUUGCAUGGUAGCCGCAGAAAGGCUCUAGAUGAACACGAAGCUAUGCUAGCUUUGGAGAAGGAGAAGGAUAAGGACGCAUAA